AUGACCGACGCGCUCUGUGGGCCGUCAAAUGCCCUACGCUCCUUCCAGAAACACACACAAGUUGAUCGGACGUUACAGCAAGAUCGCCUCGUUGGUCGGCAAUCGCCUUCUCAGGGCUUCCGCUCUCAUGAUCCUCGAACAGGCGCUAUCGACGCCGAUUUCCACGCCUUCGAACAUGCGCCAACAAAUCCAUUCCAGUUCGAACAGCAGCCGUUGCAACCUGCCCCGCCACAUUUCGCCCAGCCCAAUCCUGUAGCAGCACCAGCAUGGGCAGCAGACUUCCAACGUCUACAGAUAUCGAACUCGCCCAGUCCGAUACCUGUCCAGCAGUUUCGCACUGAGGCACCGCUAGUCAGAUCACAGGUCAAUGGUGGGAUCAAUGGGUGGCAUAAUGAAUUCAUGCAGCAUCAUGGCAAGGGCAAACAGGUCGCGGUCCCCCAGCAUUAUAGCCAGGCCGAGCCAAUGUACAGUCCACAGCCUAUGUACUCGACAGGUAUGCAACCAUAUAGCACGUUCCAGCAGCAGCCAUUGUCAGAUGUGGCAAUGGCACCACCCGUGCAGAACGACCAGGCGAUCACCGCUUCUUUCGACGCUGCAUUUGAAGAAGCCAUGCGGGAGAUGGAGAUCAUUCAGCAAGAAGAGCAUCAGCACGCACAACCUCAAGAGGGAGAAAACCAACCACAGGAGCAACAACAACAAAUUCGAAUAGGCUCUGACGCGAUAGACUACACCGAACAGAAAUCCCGCACGCCCGAACAAGCAAGUCAAGACGCCAACGACCUCGCUCGCACCGCCGGCGAGCUCUUGAACCUCGUCAGUCAUGACACAAGCGACAAGUUUCGCAACAGCGCUUUCCUAGGUCUCAUGCGACAGCUGCGCGAUCGGGAAGUCGAGGUGCAAAACAACGACUUGCAGAAUACGUCCACGGGUAUGAGCUCAGCUGGAACGGCAUUUACGCCAGUAGAUACACCAAUGUCGCAAGUCACCGCACACCCUCCGCCUGUGCAAGAGCACCAGACCAGCAAUAAAUUCGACUUUCCAGACCUCAACAACGUCUACGCACCCAGCCAAGCAGACCUCGACACACCCGACUUCCCACAGUCCUCCUGGCAGCCACAACCGCAGCCGCACCGUAACGCAAGCGAUGCUGACGCCAUGUACAGCGCUAGCUCUGAUCCAUAUCCUUCUGGCAUCAGCGGCGACCUGCACCCGGGCGGUAAAUGGUACCCGGAGCAGAAGUCGCCACGUCAGGGCCGGGCAGAGCCAGUGGUCAGCUGGCUUCCUGGCACUGGUAGCCAAGGACAGGCGUGA